CAGCGCAGAUCAGAGGAAGGUGCGAGCGGAGUUGGAGCCGGUUUACAAUUUCAAACGCGGCCUCCCCGCAGCGCCUUCAUUAGCAUAUGUCAGGGGACCGCCGUACAUAUAUACACGCGCGCGGGGCGUACGAACAUGUGCUUCGCUGCCUGGCUCGCACCGGCUCGGCUCGGCUUAGCUCGGCUCGGCUUAGCUCGGCUCAGCUCAGCUCAGCACGGCUCGGCUCCGCUCGGCCCUGCCGGCUCCCCAUGCUUGGGGCUCCGCGGCGCACCCCCACAUGCCCACCGGGAGAGGCCGGCAGCCGCUCUCCGCCGCCGCCGCGCCCUAGCCCGUUCGCCCCGCGCCCCCAUGGCUCCGCUGGCCGAGGUGGGCGGCUUCCUGGGCGGCCUGGACGGCCUGGGGCAGUCGGUGGGUGCCCACUUCUUGCUGCCGCCCGCCGGGGAGCGCCCGGCGCUGCUCGGGGACCGGCGUGCCCCGGCGGAGCGGGCUGCCCGCGGCGGGGCGGCGGCGGCGGCAGCGGCGGCGGCGGACCUGGCGCACUUGCAGGGCAUCCUGCGGCGGCGGCAGCUGUACUGCCGCACCGGCUUCCACCUGCAGAUCCUGCCCGACGGCAGCGUGCGCGGCACCCGCCAGGACCACAGCCUCUUCGGUAUCCUUGAAUUCAUCAGUGUGGCAGUGGGACUGGUCAGUAUUAGAGGCGUGGACAGUGGCCUUUACCUUGGAAUGAAUGAGAAAGGAGAACUUUAUGGCUCUGAGAAACUAACUUCUGAAUGCAUCUUCAGGGAACAAUUUGAGGAAAACUGGUACAACACUUAUUCAUCCAGUGUGUACAAACAUGAAGAUUCGGGGCGACGAUACUUUGUAGCACUUAACAAAGAUGGUACUCCCAGAGAUGGGACAAGGUCCAAAAGACACCAGAAAUUCACACAUUUCUUGCCCCGGCCUGUGGAUCCUGAAAGAGUUCCAGAACUAUAUAAAGAUGUGUUAGGGUACAGCUGAAGAAGGAAGGAGCUUUGGGAAAAAAACCAAACUGGAGCUGUUGCCCCUGCUUUCCUGGAACCUGCAGAGGUGUAGGAUGUUGGAUGCAAAGAAGCUACUUUAAGAAGGCAAGCCUCUGUUUUCUAACCUUUGGAUUUAGGAGACAAAGCCUUCAAGCUGAGAGUGGACCAGCCACUUGUGAUUUGUUUGGUAGCCAGUAACCGGAGGGAAGUGUGACUUUUUUAAAAAUAACAAACUCUUUGAAAUUUUGUCUGGAUUAUCUGUGGUCUGUAGAUUAGCAAAGAACUGCCUACAUCCUGUGAAUGACACAACGGUGGGAAGAAACAGAAAGAAAUGGACUGUAAAAUAGUAAUAAAUCCUGAGAACUGUAUAUGAAGAUUUACUGGCUCCACUUUAGUGAUGGACGUUAGAUGUUAAUACAUCGUAGUCAGAGCUGGAACUUUUCUCCAGGAUGGACCUAUUUAUACAUCUCCAGAUAGCAUAUAUUUAUUUUAUAUAUUUAUUUAUUAAAGAGUUUAUUUUUUACUGGGAUAUGAAGAGAAUACAACCCCUAACCCCAAUGAGAAAUCAUUUACAGUGCCAAUAUUUACUCUGAGAAGAGUCAUGAUACAGAAGUGACAUUACAUAGCAAAGCAUCCAAAAUCUGAACAUUCAUAUUUCAUUGUAUAUCGGUUACAGAUAAGUUUAUAUUUUAUGCAUAUACCAUUGCAUUAUAACAGUCUUUAUUUGGAAAAGAAUGUUUAAUUUUCUUUACCAGUGAAGAGUGCCUUACAGAUUUGUAUCAAAUUCAAAUGCACAUUUAAA